GAUGAAAUGAGGGAAAGCCAACAAUCAAUACGGUGAAAGAUGACCGCCUAAAAUUUUGACCUCUGCUCCACUCAUUUUAUACACGUUCACACGGAUAAUACCCAAUCUGGAUAAUAUUAUAGCUCAGAACACUUUAGUUCAUUCAGCCUUCAAACAACGCUGUGAGGCGGGCACAUUCUCGGGGGUAAAAUGACGUGGCCAAAGUCACUCGGCUAGCCAGAGGAGAGUUCAGCCGUCUGGUCAAGGAAACAGCAGCAGGUCUUUGGAGGCGCUGCUAGUUACACUAGAGCUUUCCCUACAGCCCGGCCUUUACGUUCCCUCAUCUGACAGUUACGUUUACAAACUCAAACCCUGCUUCUUCUACCCUAUCGAGGCACGCUGCGGGCUGCGGAAACCUGGAGCUCACACCACAAGUCAACAUCCCCAAAGCCCCAGUGCCAAAGCAGUGAGAAGAGAGAGCGCAGUCCGCCCUUCGCUCCAGCCGCAGACUCUGCGUGAGGGCCCCGGACUAACCUGACCAGUGGUGAUCUGCAAGUCAAGUUAAAAUGUCUCCGGAAGUGGCCUUGAACCGAAUUUCUCCAAUGCUCUCCCCAUUCAUAUCUAGCGUGGUCCGCAAUGGGAAAGUGGGACUGGAUGCUACAAACUGUUUGAGGAUAACUGACUUGAAAUCAGGCUGCACGUCAUUGACUCCUGGACCCAACUGUGACCGAUUUAAAUUGCACAUACCAUAUGCUGGAGAGACAUUAAAAUGGGAUAUCAUUUUCAAUGCCCAGUACCCAGAGCUGCCUCCCGACUUUAUCUUUGGAGAAGAUGCUGAGUUCCUGCCAGACCCCUCUGCUCUGCAUAACCUUGCCUCCUGGAAUCCAUCAAAUCCUGAAUGUCUCUUACUUGUGGUGAAGGAACUUGUGCAACAAUAUCACCAAUUUCAAUGCAGCCGCCUCCGUGAGAGUUCCCGCCUCAUGUUUGAAUACCAGACGUUACUGGAAGAGCCGCAGUAUGGAGAGAACAUGGAAAUUUAUGCUGGGAAAAAAAACAGCUGGACUGGUGAAUUUUCAGCUCGUUUCCUUUUGAAGUUGCCAGUGGAUUUCAGCAAUAUUCCCACAUACCUGCUCAAGGAUGUGAAUGAAGACCCUGGAGAAGAUGUGGCCCUCCUUUCUGUCAGUUUUGAGGACACUGAAGCCACUCAGGUGUAUCCUAAGCUGUACUUGUCACCCCGAAUUGAACAUGCACUUGGCGGCUCCUCAGCUCUUCAUAUCCCAGCUUUUCCAGGAGGAGGAUGUCUCAUUGAUUAUGUUCCUCAAGUGUGCCACCUGCUCACCAACAAGGUGCAGUAUGUGAUUCAAGGAUAUCACAAAAGAAGAGAGUAUAUUGCUGCUUUUCUCAGUCACUUUGGCACGGGUGUCGUGGAAUAUGAUGCAGAAGGCUUUACAAAACUCACUCUGUUGCUGAUGUGGAAGGAUUUUUGUUUUCUUGUACACAUUGACCUGCCCCUGUUUUUUCCUCGAGACCAGCCGACUCUCACAUUCCAGUCCGUCUAUCACUUUACCAACAGUGGACAGCUUUAUUCCCAGGCCCAGAAAAAUUAUCCAUACAGCCCCAGAUGGGAUGGAAAUGAAAUGGCCAAAAGAGCAAAGGCUUAUUUCAAAACCUUUGUCCCUCAGUUCCAGGAGGCAGCGUUUGCCAAUGGAAAGCUCUAGGAAACACCAGUCUUGAGAGGUGGCCAGCCAGGCUGCUCUGUCCACAUGCGUGUCAGCACAUAUGGCCGCUUCCUGGAAGCCAUUGGAAUGUCUUCACGGCAGCAUUUCACUCACACAGCAGCUUUGCGCCCCGACUGGAACCCACACUUGAGCUGGCUGGCGGGCACCUGGGUCCCAGAGCCCCCCACCUCUGGUUGCCCCCUCUUUGUUUCCUUCAGUAUACUUCUUAGUUGGAAGAAAUAAAGUCACAAAUCAGGA